CCGUACGACUGGUUCCAAAUUUAUUUGCCAUCUGAGCCAAGUGAAGGAGAAAAAACAGAUCAAAAAGCGGGGAAUGUGAAAUAAGAAAAUGUCAAAUCCACUUUUCACGUUCAGACCUACGAAAGAUAAAUUACAGCCGUUCGAGAAACGUUUUUCGAAACGAGAAACUACUGUCAGAAAGUGGACAUUUGUACGGGAUUCAGAAUCAGUCUCUGAGACCAAUGUAAGAAGAGACAGUCUUAGAUCGAAUGCAUCAACCAGAUUGAGCAGUGCAUCACUUAGUAAUCUUAAAAGAAAAAGUUCCAUACCAGCCAUCUUAGAAGGAGUAAGUCUACCAUCAGACACACCAGAAGGUAGUGAAAAUGGAAGUGAUUUGAACUCUGACCUAAGUCCCUAUUCUCAGACAAGAGGAAGUGAUAUAUUGACACAUGCAUCCCUACGAUCAAGAACCAAACAGAAAGUACACAUUGAUUCAGAUGAUUAUGUGUCAUCAAGUUCAGAGGUCAAGACUACAGGGUCAGAUCAAGGAACAAUCACCUCUACUCUCGACUCAACCAAAGAAAGUUCUACUGAAAGUGUUAGAAGAUCACCAAGAAAAAAAACGAAACAGGUUUAUACCGAAGCUAUUUGUGAAAUUCCAAGAAAAAUACCAAAACAUGAAGGUAAAGCUUCAAAAAAUGUGCAUGCUGUCAGAAAUUCAACGGUGUUAGAUGACAUGUCCAGUGAUUCAACUUUGUAUAGCCAAACCAAGGAAGUGACAAGCAGACGAUCUCCAAGAAAAAGGCCGUUUCAAUCAGUUCUCAAUAGCAGUGUCAUUAAUAAUUCUGUUUUGUCAACAAAAAUUUCUUCGGCAAAAAUGGUGGGUGUUGAUGUUUCAGAAAAAAGUUUAAGAAUAGAAUUAGAAUGCAAAGAAACGGCUAAUGAAUCAGAAGGAGAAAAUGUUGUGCAGAAUAAUAAGAAACUUGAAAAGGAACUAGCCUCAUGUAAAAAGUUGACGACUUCUUACAAUGAACAAGCUUUAUCAAGUAUUCAUGGUGGGAGACGAAGUUCAAGAUUACAGAAUGAUUCACUUAUAAACUCUGAUGAAGAAAGUCUUCAAAAUUCAGUAAGAAGUUCAAGAUUGCAGAAAGAUUCACCUAUGAAGUCUGAUGAAGGUAGUCCACAGAAAUCAGUAAGAAGAUCAAGAUUAGAAUCUAUUGAUUCUCAAGGUCAAAUGCCAGACAUAAAUGAGAAGAGAAGAAGUUCAAGGUUAACAAAAUUGGAUCAUGAAAAUAAAGAUAAGGAUAGCUUGUACAGUACUUCCUCUAAAGAAAUGGUCAAUAGACCAACAAAACAAACAACUAGUAGGGAAAAAGAAGGUUUCAAAGAAAUAAAAACUUCAAGUGAUAAAGUAAUAGAAGAAAAGGAAGAAACUUCAAGAGAUAAUGAAAUGGAGGCCAAUGAAGAAAUUUCAAAUGAUAAUGAAAUCCAAGACAAUGAAGAAAUUUCAAAUGAUAAUGAAAUCGAAGACAAUGAAGAAAUUUCAAAUGAUAAUGAAAUUGAAGACAAUAAAGAAAUUUUGGGAGAUAAUGUAACAGACGACAACGAAUUAUCUUCAAGGUUGAAACUAAAUGAUAUAUCUGGUCAAAAGCAUGUUAGUACUGCAGUUAACCCAGUUAAUAUCAGUUAUGGAGAAAAUUGGAAUGAAGGACAAUUGAAAGAUCAUGAUAGUGACAGUGAAUCAGACAAAAUAUCUAAAAAUAACUCCAAAUCUAUAAAUAGUGAUAUCAGCAGACGACAGGUAGGAACAGAAGAAAGUGAAGAUUUAACAGAAGACCAACAUAUAUUUUCUUCAUCCAUGGAAGAACCCAAUGGGUACAAAUCAAAAGAAGAUAUUUUCAGAACUGAAAGUAGUGAUGAGAUGUCUAUGGAUAGUGAGUUAAGGAAGAAUGCAGAGCCAAAUCAACGAACAGAAAAACAAAAUGCUUCAAGAGUAUCCAAACAGAGUGAGUUACAGACAAACAAAAGACACCAAGAGAGUAACUCAAAUGGAACUAGUUUCCAAAAUCAGCAAAAGGGAAAUGAAAAUAAAUCAACAUUGUCAAGAAAUUCAAGGUCAAAUGAAGAAAAUCAAUUGGAUUUAUCUGAAAACAAAAAUUCCUCAUGUCAAGAAGAUGUUGUUUCCAUGGAAACAGAAAAUGACAGAAAUAAGCAUCAAAUGGAACCAAAUUUGGUAAAUGAUCAUGAAACCAAAGAAGGAGAAGAAAUUGGACAGGAAGAAAUAGAAUCAUCCCAUCAAACUGAAGAUGACCUAGUUGAUAUAAAUAAUAAGGGAGAAGGGUCAAUAAAUAAAGAACAGAGGUCAAAUAACCAUGGUGACCAUCAAGGAGAAAUGAAAUCAUCCCAUCAUACUGAAGAUAAUCUUGUAGCUACAGAUAAUGAAGAAGUGUCAGUGAACAAAAAACAGAGGUCCCAUAACCACAGUGACCAUCCAAGGGAAAUAGAAUCGAUACUAGUACAUGUAUCAUCUGAUACGCCUGCAAGGAAAAAGUCAAUAAAUGCUGUGAAAAAGAAAGUGAGGAUUGUUGCUGACGAACCAGAAUCUUUCAAUAAAGAAAGAACUGUACGAAUGUGGAAAGGCAAUGAUAGAACCAGGACAAAAGGAGACCUAAUAGAUCUAGAUAUUGUGCUAGAAACAAUCAAUAAUACUAUUGAGGAAAAACGGUCUGGAUGCGCAGAUAGUUUAGGAAAGAAAGCAUUGAACAGUCUGCUGGUGUAUACUAGAAAGGAGAUCACUGACACGAUUAACAAGAUAGAAGAUUUGAAACAUGAUAAAAAAGAUUUGUCAAGGUCAAGGAAAGAUGUGAAAAUGCUAAGAGAGAAAUUGUUACAACUUCAAAUGGAUAGAACAAGUUUAAUGAAGAAAAUCAAGGUCAAGAAACAAACCAUAAAGCCUAAACUUAAUGAUAUUAGCCAAUGGUUGACAAGUAUGACACGUCUGAUGAGAAUACCAUCUAAAACUAAAUCUCCCAGGAAAGUGGUAUAUACAACAUAUGGCAACUUCCCUUUUAAUGUCUGAUGGAGACCAUUAAUCAAAGGAAAGCUAAAGAAGAAUAGAUUUUAGAAUAAGAGACACACACAUCUAUUAACAUUUAUAUUAUAUGUGUACAAUUGAUUACUUUUUGCUUUGUGCGUAUAAGAAGCAUGAUUCAAUAAAAGUGUUAUACCGUAUUAUGCU